GCGGAAUUCUCCUCAGGCACGUCAUUUGAGUGCGACUGAAGCGGUCAGCGGAGCGCGGUCGGAGCGUCGCUGCGGAUAAACAGCAGGUGGCCAUGGCAGACCUUGGGCUGAAAGCAGGAGAUAAAGUGCUGCUGGUAUGGACUCAGCCGUCCUCCCCCACAGCCUUGAAGGAGUUUGCGGAGAGCGUUGGGGCCGUAGUUGGCAGCCAGAGCCUGGUGUCACUUGAGAACCUGGAGAGGCUCCAGCUUUCUUCUCACGCUGGUUCGAGUUAUGACUGGGUCCUCUCAGGACUUCUUCCAGACAGCGCUCCGAUUCACAGCUCAGAGACUCUGGCAGAGAUAGCCAGGGUCAUGAAACCUGGUGGGAAGCUUGUGCUGGAGGAGCCAGUAACGGGGUCGGAGGGGAAUGGCAUUAGGACAGCUGGUAAGCUGGGGUCAGCCCUUAAACUCUCUGGUUUCACGUCCGUCACUGAGGUGAAGAGUGAAGCCCUGAGCCCGGAAGCUGUCUCAGCCCUUGGCCAGCUGAGUGGUUUCCAAGGCAACUCUCUGUCCAGGGUGCGCAUGUCUGCCUCGAAACCCAACUUUGAGGUUGGGUCCUCUUCUCAACUGAAGCUAUCAUUUGCAAAGAAAGCCCCCCAGACAGACAAGCCAGCCCUCGAUCCAAGUGCUGCUAAGAUGUGGACUCUUUCAGCCAUUGACAUGAACGAUGAUGACAUUGACUUGUUGGAUUCGGAUGAACUGCUGGAUGCUGAAGACCUGAAGAAGCCAGACCCAGCUUCACUUAGAGCGUCCUCUUGUGGAGAAUCAGGAACCAAGAAAAAGAAAGCAUGCAAAAACUGCACUUGUGGCCUUGCUGAGGAGCUCGAGCAGGAGAGCAAAGCAGUGCAGAAAGUCAGCCAGCCUAAAUCAGCCUGUGGAAGCUGUUAUCUGGGAGAUGCCUUCCGGUGUGCCAGCUGUCCGUAUCUAGGCAUGCCUGCUUUCAAACCUGGUGAAAAGGUUGUUUUGGCAAACACACAGGUUGCCGAUACAUAAGGCAUUCAGUCUCUUCACUGUCAGCCAUUCCAUUCAUCGUGAUUGUGCUUCGUUCCUGGAUUCCUUCAUCAGAACCGAACAGGGACAAAGCUGGAAGAACCACCAUUUCUGUCAUGAACUGAGUGAACGCCACUGAACAAUGUAAUAUUCAGAUUCAAACGGCAUAUUUACCAGUGCAUAUAUAUACGGAUUGCCUUCUUAAUAGCAAUUUAGUUUCAUUAAUUUGUCAAGACACAACGACAAACUGACCGUCAGCUUUCGGGCUUGUGUUCUUAUUCUUUGUAAACCCUUGCAACCACAUCCUGAGUUUUGUUGUUCUCUAUGUAGUAUAUAGAAUAAAGUAAUUCUAAGCAAAAAUAAAAAAAAGGAUAUUCACACAA